GAUGUCUUGAAAAUUAAGUCAAAGUGCAAUUAAUACCAAUACAGUGGUUUACUAGCAAAAAAUAAUCAAAAAUAACUUUUUUAACAAUAGAAUCAAAAUAUAAAAAAAUAGGGUAAAUUACACCAAUCGUCCCUCGUGCAGGUGCUGAAAAGCGCGUUUAGUCCUUAUUUUCAAAAAUUAACUCGGAUCGUCCCUCAUUUGUCUAAAACUUGCACGCUUCGUCCCUUAUACACAUUUUUGUUGCAAUAUUAGUCAUUUCCAUAUCUGAAAUGACCAUAAUGCCCUUUAUGUUUAUAUUUUCCAAUUAAUUUUAUGUUAUUAUCAUUAUUAUUAAUUAAGAAAGAAAAAAAAACAUGUGGUCCCACUUCAUGCCAAAUCACAUCUCUCCACCCACCUACCUUCCCUUUAUUGUCUCUCUUCUCCAAACUCUUCAAAAACCCUAAUGCCCUUUAAGCCACCGUCAGUGGAUACCACCGUCGUUUUACACUCCGACCACAUUCAUGGAAUGCACCGCCGUUUUACACACAUCACACUCCAGCCACCAUCUUUUCCGACAUAAGUGGUUUUGAAUCGUCUAAAAUCGAUGCCUCCAUCUGUGAUUCAGUCUUCGAUCUCCGAUAUCCCUCAGCUAGGGCUUCGUCACAUGUACCCUGCCAUCUGCGUCGGCUAGGGUUUCGAUAGAUGUCAUAAAGCUCUAUGCAUUUCGACAUAUUUAUAGAGAUCGAUCUCUGCCUCCAUCGUGACUGUGAUAUAGAGACCAACGAGCUCCACAUUUGAAGUCGAUGUCAAUGUAAGCGUGGUGGUUGGAUGAUUUCAGGUGUAAGGUGGAGAAGGCGAUGAACAGUGUAGGUUUCACCUGCACCUCCUCUUAAUUGAUCAUAGGAGUAUGGUUUUAUGUCCCCCAACCUUCGACCCUAUAUCUCUCAAUCAUAGAUUCCUCUUCAAAUUUCUUUUUUUUUUCUUUCUUUUGGGUUACAAGUCUGAUCAGUUGAAGAUUAGUAGAUAUGGUAGGGUAGGUGAUGGUCCUGAUGGUCGAUUAUGAUGGAUGUUGGUGGUUGUGAAUGGCAAUAAUGAACGGGGAGGGUAGGUGUCGGAGUUUAAGGAUGGGAUAAGAGAGAGAGAGAGAGAGAGAGAGAGAGAGAGAGAGAGAGAAGCGGUGGUUACCGGUGGCGGUGGAUGGUGGUCGGAGGUCAAGGGUGGCCGGAGGUGGAUGGUAGCCGGAAGUGACUGCAGUUCAAGGUGGUUGAUGGCCAAAAGGGUUUGAACUCCUUUUUAAGGGAUGUUUCCUUUUCUAAAAAUAAUGAUUAUAAAAAAAUAAUAGAUAAGUUAUAAACAAUUAAAAAAUAAAUGAAAAAGAAAAAAAAAAAAAAAAAAAAAAAAAAAAAAAAAAGGGCAAGAUAGUCAUUUACGUCUGCGAGGGACGUAACGUGCACCUUUUAAUGAUACGAGGGACGGUCCGAGUUAAUUUUUGAAAAUAAGGACUAAACACGCUUUUUGGCAUGCACACGAGGAACUAAUGGUGUAAUUUACCCAAAAAAAUAAGAAAAACAUAUGGAUAAUAUAAAACUUUACAAAACUAGUCUUGAGACAUUUAAAAAUCAUAAGUUGAAACCAUCAGCACUGAUGUCAUGGUAUUGGCCUCUGACCAGAGCCACCAAAUCUACUUUUUCUACUUUUUUGACCCAUUCGUGCAUCCACUCCUUUGAAAGUCCCACUAAAAACUUCCAUUUUCAACAUUUGCACUGUUCUCUUCGUAUAGAAAGAAGCAGUACUUCUGUCAGCCUAUAUAAACCCCCUCUCUUGAAAUUCCACCAAACACUAACUUAUCAACCGAAAAACAUCGUAUCUCUUCAAAGAUUCUCAUUCAGUAAUAACAGAAAAUCCAAGUUUCAUGGACUCUUCAUUCUUUUCUGAUCAUACUUCAAACGAAUACCUUCCCUUUAAUGAAAACGAUUCCCAGGAGAUGGUUCUCUUUGGAAUGCUGGCAGAGUCGUCUUAUGAUCACCAGACAACAUCUUCUGCAGCUGACAAGAUUAGCUACAGAGGGGUACGUGCGCGGAGAUGGGGCAAAUAUGCAGCAGAAAUAAGAGAUUCCACAAGGAAUGGGGCUAGGGUUUGGUUGGGGACGUUUGAUACAGCUGAGGAGGCUGCUUUAGCAUAUGAUCAAGCAGCAUUUGCCGCUAGGGGUUCAAUGGCAGUUCUUAACUUUCCUGUAGAGACGGUUUACGAGUCGCUUAGAGCAAUGGAUUAUAGGUUUGAGGAAGGGGGAUCUCCUGUGUUGGCAUUGAAAAGGAGUCACUCCAUCAGAAGGAAAGCUAUAAUCAGAGAGAAGAAGAGGAAAGAGAUGAAGUUAGAUGAAGAUCGUAAGAAUGUGGUGGUGUUUGAGGACCUGGGUGCUGAUUACUUGGAGGAGAUUUUGAGUUUGUCAGAAAGCUCUGGUUCUUGGUAAAACAAAGGACGAUAGAUACAAUUAAAGAUUGGAAGUUCAAGCUUAAGCUCAGUGUGAGUGAGUGUCUGUAGGCUAGUCUUUUUUUUUUUUUUUUUUUUGCCAAUCGACUUUUUGAUAUUAUGUAAAGAUGAAAGUGAUGGACGAGAGUCCAGGGGAAUCGUAUCACGAAAUUUAAUGUGUAAAUUAAUUACGAUUUUAUAACAUCCUCUCUAAAUUUCAACUCUAUUUUAAUACAACAUAUAAAUUAAAACGACAGUUUAAUAAAAAAGG